AACAUGUUCAGUAGUGAGGACUUCCAGGCUUUACUUACCUUCUGAUUGUACUUCCCGGUUAUAUAAGGUUAGCACUUGUCUAGUCAACAUAGAUACAACUGAAAAAUCAUUAAUGGAAUUGGAUAACGAGGAAAAGUUUCGGAAA